UAGCUGUUCGAAGAUGCGUCUCUGUUUAUUUGUCAGCGCUCUUUGCGUAGCUCGAUUGGCCGCCAGUCCUCUCGUCUAUAAAACUGUUAAUACUGACGGUCAUGACUACAAGGUGGUGUGCUACUACGGCUCCUGGGCGGUGUAUCGCCCGGAGAACGGCAAAUUCCCAGUAGAAGAAAUCGACCCGAAUGUGUGCACUCAUUUAAUUUACGGGUUCGCCGGACUGGGUCAUGACAAUCGGAUCAAAUCUCUGGAUUCGUGGAACGAUUUGAAGGACAACUACGGCAAAGGAGCGUUUGAGAGAUUCACCACGGGAUUGAAGGCGAAAAACCCGAAACUGAAGACUAUCAUUGCCAUCGGUGGAUGGAACGAGGGUUCGAUGAAAUAUUCCUCGAUGGCUGAGAACGCCUCUUCGAGAAAAGUGUUCAUCGAUUCGGUUCUCGACUUCUGUAAAAAAUACAACUUUGAUGGUCUCGAUAUGGACUGGGAGUACCCCGCAUCCAGGGGUGGGAAACCUGAGGACAAGCGUAAUUUCGUGGCUCUGCUGAGAGAACUGAAGGACGCCUUCAAACCGGACAACCUCCUCCUGACCGCCGCCGUAUCGGCUGGGAAGCAUUUCAUGGAUCCAGCCUACGAUAUCCCACAGGUUUCCAAAUACUUAGAUCUCAUCAACGUCAUGGCUUACGAUUUCCACGGUGGAUGGGAAACGAAAGCCGGUCAUCACGCUCCGAUGUUCUCCAGACCCGACGAGCCCGCCGACGAACAGAUUUUGAACUUGAAUUACUCAGUGAACUACUGGAUCUCACAAGGAGCUUGUGCCAAGAAAAUCAUUCUCGGCAUGGGACUCUACGGGAGAUCGUUCACCCUGCGACGAUCCGAAGACCACAAGCCCGGCGAUGAAGCUCCCCAGAAGGGCCGGGCUGGGCCCUACACCCGAGAGCCUGGAUCUCUCGGUUACAACGAAAUUUGCGCCGACCUCAAACGCGGCGGCUGGACGGUCGAACGUGAUCCAUACUUCAUGGCUCCCUACGCCUAUAAGGAGCGCCAGUGGGUCGGGUAUGAUGACAUUGAGUCGAUCGAAGUGAAAACGCGCUUCGCCAAGACUUUAGGCUUGGGAGGUGGCAUGGUUUGGUCCAUCGAAACCGACGAUUUCAAGGGGACCUGUCACGGAUACCGUUAUCCGAUGCUCUCGGCGAUCAAUCGCGUGUUCGCCGAAGCUGGAACCCCGUCACUCCCAGUACCCCCACCAGCACCUCCGACAACGCCCGCUCCUCCAACGACGGCGUCAACCGAGAAAACGUGGUGGCCCCGUCCCUCAACAACGCCGUCUCCGAGCUCGACCGCUUCCACUACAACCACCGAGAAAACGUGGUGGCCUCGCCCCUCAACUUCGACGAUGAGCCCUUCUACUCAAUCAAGUUCCACCACAUCGAGACCCUCGACGACCUCGUCGACCACCCCGGGCACUGGGCAAGGAAGUCCGACCACACGGGCUCCGGCAGGAAAGGAUAAGAACUACAAAUGCAAGAGCCAGGGAAUGUUCCGCGACGAAACGAAUUGUCGGGUCUUCUAUGAAUGCGUUCAGGGUAUCGAUGGACUCGAUGCGUUCCGCAAAGAAUGUCCUUCGGGAACAGUUUUCAAUCCGGCGAAUAAUCUUUGCGCUUGGCCUCAUGACGUACCAGUAUGCAAGGGCUACGUCGCUCCCAUUGAUCACGACGUCAAGCAGGAGAUUGCCGCCUCCUGAAGGAUAUCAUUACGUGAUCACCUAUUUAUUGUAUUACAUAAAUGAAUUUAUUUAUUGAAUAUACGAUGUACAUUAAAGU